AUGUAUAAGUCUUGGACUUUGGGAGACCCAAAAGAGAAAGAAGGUGUUGGCAAUAUCCUUGAAGAGACUAAAAGAACUCAGAACGACACUGAACAAGCCAGCAGAGCCAUCGACUCACCCCUACAGUCUCCACAGACAGACUCCAUGAAAGCAUUGGCCAUCGGCUUUCACUGGUUUCUGCCCCAAAUUCACACACUCCCUCCUAUCACCAAAGCCACCCGCCACCGCUGGCCUCCUGCAUGCUGUGGGAGGAGAGCAGGGCAGACAACGUUGCCUCCCCUGACUCCCAUCGCGCGGGCUUGUGAGUCCAUGAAGCGCAGAUGUCCAGGGAACUAUCUGAUGCAGCGUGAGGGGAAGGUGAUGCAGCGGCAUCCCACCUUGAGAUGA